UGUUUAUCUAGGCAGAUCGAUUUCAAGUACUGUUCAAGAUGGACGCGGGCACUAGUGUGAUUACGCAAACAAUUCUUCUAAUUAUUGUUGUAGUAUUUACUGCAAUCUAUUUCUUUUUCAAGAAAAAUUAUAAUUAUUGGAAAAACCGAGGAAUACAUUAUGAAGAACCCUUUUUAAUUUUUGGCAAUUUGUCGUAUGUGAUGAGAAAAAGUUCGUGGCAAAUGUUUAAAGAUUGGGGGAAGAGGAACUCGAGCGAUUACUACGGUAUAUUUUUGGGCUGGAAACCUGCAUUGAUUAUUCAAUCGCCGGAGUAUGCUAAGAUGAUUUUGGUUAAAGAUCACCAUCAUUUUCUCGAUAGAUACUUAUAUAGCUCAUAUGAUUCGGAUCCGCUGGGCUCUCUAAAUGUAUUCAGUGUCAAGUCACCUUUAUGGAAAAAUAUAAGACAAGAGUUGACCCCAAUGUUCACAUCUAACAGGUUAAAAGUACUGACGGAACUAAUGAACGUUAAUGCAAAACAUCUAGUGAACAAAAUACAAAGGGAUUACAUUGAUAAACGCGAGCCAGUCAACCUUAAGGAGUUAUUUUCUAUGUACGCGUCAGACACUGUGGGGUACACGGUGUUCGGUAUCCACGUGAGCGCACUGAACGACCCCUCCUCGCCGCUCUGGUACAUCACCAAGCACAUGGUCAAGUGGACCUUCUCGCGCGGCUUCGAGUUCACCAUGAUCUUCUUCUUGCCGUUUAUUGCUAGAACGUUACGAUUAACAUUAUUCUCACAACCAGCGACCGAAUAUGUUCAAAAGUUAUUUUGGGGCACUGUUAAAGAGCGUCAAUCUAAUGGAAAGACAUCUGAUAAAGAUUUAGUUAAUCAUUUACUACGGUUGAAAGAGGAUUUGAAGUUACCUGCCGAAGCUGGUUCACAAUUGGCGGAAGACAUGAUGCUUGCUCAAGCGGCAGUGUUUAUAUUUGGCUCGGUUGACACGUCUUCGACUACCCUCAGUUAUUGUUUGCAAGAGCUGGCGCAUCAUCCAGAGGAACAGGAGAAACUCUAUGAAGAAAUUGAUAAAAAAGUAAAAGAGUCAGGCAAUGAUGUCUUGAAUUAUACAGAUUUGAUGGAACUUAAAUAUCUUUCGGCUUGUAUUCUCGAAACUUUAAGAAAGUACCCUCCUGUGCCACAUAUAGACAGAGCAUGCCAUACAGAUUACCAAUUAAACAACGAUGUACUUAUUGAGAAAGGCACGCCGGUGUUCGUGAACGUGGUCCAUAUUCACUACAACGAGGAAUAUUAUCCGGAACCGGAAAAGUGGCGACCGGAACGCAUGCUUAACAUGGCGGACAACGAUAACAGGGACUUUACAUUCUUGCCAUUUGGCGAGGGACCUCGAUUCUGCAUAGGAAAGCGUUACGGGUUGAUGCAAAUUCGCGCGGCAAUGGUGCAGAUGGUUCAGAAGUAUAAAUUCGAGCCGGCGGUCGGGGAGCCUUACCAAAUCGACUCAGAUCCUUACAGUGUCCUCUUAUCGCCCAAAAGUGGAGGGCGUGUUACGUUUGUUCCACGCAGUAAUGAAAAGAAUGUUUAAUAUAUCGUUACUUGUGAUUUAUGUCUUGUUUUUUAACAUUUUGUUUGUGAAUCAUUAAAAUAUUUUGACUGUUGAUUUCAUUUCUUUGAACGUGUUAAUAAUAUAUAUAAUGAUAAUAUAUAUUAAACCUCUAACAAAGUUUUGCAAAAAUCAA